AGCUCAACAAAAAUCCAGUGGAAGGUUUUUCCGCAGGUUUAAUAGACGACAAUGAUCUUUACCGAUGGGAAGUCCUCAUUAUUGGUCCUCCAGAUACACUGUAGUCUGCUGGCAAGACCAAGUAUCAAACUUUUCAUCCUGGGAAAAAACAAAACAAACCACAUUGAGACAAUGAUUAUCAGAAGCUCAGCUUUGAUGGACAGGUCACAUCAGAAGUGGGGGUGCUGGACUUUUUGGGGGCAUACAAGUGAAGGUGGCGUAUUCAAGGCUCAUCUCACUUUUCCAAAAGACUAUCCUCUCAGGCCGCCGAAAAUGAAGUUCAUCACAGAAAUCUGGCAUCCAAAUGUUGAUAAGAACGGUGAUGUCUGUAUUUCCAUUCUUCAUGAGCCUGGAGAAGACAAAUAUGGCUAUGAAAAACCUGAGGAACGCUGGCUUCCCAUCCAUACAGUGGAAACUAUAAUGAUUAGUGUUAUUUCUAUGCUGGCAGAUCCCAAUGGUGACUCUCCUGCUAAUGUCGAUGCAGCGAAAGAAUGGAGAGAAGACAGAAAUGGAGAAUUCAAAAGGAAAGUUGCCCGCUGUGUAAGAAAAAGCCAAGAGACUGCUUUUGAGUGAUACUUAUUCAGCAGCUAGUAGCUUCACUUUUUUCAGGGUCUCCAAUUGAGAAACAUGGCACUGUUUUUUCCUGCACUCUACCCACCUAUUGCUGGACUUCUGUUGUAACAUGUUGGCAAAAACUGGCUGGAACUGGGCUGCAAUAAACAUGCCAGUUAUCAAUGCUGACAAGAGCCUAACAAGUGCCAACAUAAGAUGAUUGCGCAUUUUGAAAUCUAAUGAACUGCUUUAACCUUCAGGAAGAAUUGUAAAGAUGUGUACAUAGCACAACAUGAUCCGGAUAAUAUAUAUACUGUUCAUGUACAUCCACAAAUACACAGUGUACCAAAUAAUGCUGUCUUGUAGUUAGGAUAAAAAUCGUGUACAUUCUAAAAGAUUUUAGCAAAUUUUCUUUCCCUGUUCAUUGUUUCUUAUCAGUUUUUUAAAAAAACCUUUUGAAGCAUGUCAAACUAAAACCAAUUAGGAUUAAAGAUUUUUCCACUUUAUUUUUCUUUGAACAAUUGAGGCUUAAUUAAAACUUUUCACUUGAAGUUUAGUAUCUGUUUGGGGGGAAAAAAUACUCCCAACCUUACCCUGUAAUCUCCUCAAAGGUUCAGAUUUUCCUAAUCAAACAUUGAAAGGAUGGAUCUAUAAGCAACUAUCUGAUACUGAUGACCUUUGACCAUGCAAAGGUUCUCCCCCUUUCCGCUUUUUGACUCAGUUGCACACAGUUCUUGGAUUGGGUGUAGCAAUAAAACUUCUGGCUGUGGAGCACCCUUGAGCCUGCUAUUUUUUCAAAGGGCUGAGAGCUUUGGUUUGGAAGUGCUCAGUUGACUAAGUUAGCUCAAGAUAUAAGCUGCUUUCUCUGGUUUUUGCCUCUUGUCUUUGUUUUUAAGUUUUUUGGAUUUAAAAGGUAUGCACAUCUGUAAGCUUUCAAACUUCGUAAAUUCUGGAUUUGGUAUCAGAAAUACCGUUUCCCUUAUCCCUAUUCUCUCUUCUGUGGCCCUUCAUAUUUUUGCCUUCUAUUCUUCUACUGCAGAUUUUUCUCACCUAAUGUACAAAGAGAAUUGCGAUGUAUAUUUUCAUGUAAUUUGAUUUUGGAAUUCUGUCACCUUCUGUAGUGAGUUCUUCCAAAAUAUAAUUUUUUCCAAUAA